AUGGUUUCCCAGCAGGUCUCUAAUUGGCUUUUCAAUGUAAUUCAACCACUGUACGAACAUAAGGAAGAAGUUUACGCCCAUGUUUUCCAAUUUUUACAACUACAUUUGAAGAAAAAUCUUAACUUUAAAGUUAGAACGCAAAUCUACACCUCAAGUGGAUCAGGGGAGCCGAAUCUAUUGAUAAACUUAUUUGGCACAAUUCAGAUCAACGAACAAAUCGGAGUGCCCGUUGAAAUUUGGAUUCCUUUUCCGUACCCUUAUGUUGAUUAUGCAAACACAGGUGCACCUAUUGUCUAUAUUGUUCCUGACCACAGUAAAGGUUGGUAUUUGAAACCCAAUAAUAAUGUUGAUACACAAGGAAUGUUUUACCACCCAUAUUUGACAAGAUGGCACAGAGAAUGCUUGCGGUCGAGUCCUGACUCUUUGAGUAUAUUUAAUUUGGUAGAGUUGGGAAAUGUUAUUUAUCAAAGCGUUACUACGGAUUGUCCGAUAACCCUCCAGUCACCUGGUGUUAGCAGCACUCCUCAGAAGCCAGCAAAAGUGCCACUUGAUUUUAAUAGCAAUUCAGCAGAACAACCAUUGAGUUUCCAUCAAGCAAAUACAGACCAACUGGCAGGAAUACCCGUACAGACCACUGGUCCACCAUUACCUGCGAAACCCCCAAAAGCACAAUCCGAUAUUCAAAAUUCCACACCAUUGAAAUAUCAAACGCCUUUGCCGUUGCCACAUGACUCUGGGAAAUUCAAUUAUCCAGAAGAAAGAACAUCGUCUCCAUUACCUCCAUUAGGAUGCAUAAAUCAACAGCCUCGUGGUUCCCCUACAAUUUCAUCUCCUGUUCCCCGAACCAUCACUCCGCCACAACCAUCACCACCAGUUGAUUUAAUUGAUGGUGAAAAUCAAUUGGCUGAAACCAGUACCGGUAACACUAACUUGAGCCAAGAACUAUAUUCUAAAAUUAACACUUUCUUAGGCGAAGAAGAGACAACUAUCAAGGACGUUAAUGAGAAAACCAUGAAAAUUAAAGUCUUAUACGAGCAGUUGAAUCAUUAUUACAGCCUGGCUCUUAAAAACUCAAGUUUUUUAGACGAUAUUGUAAGUCAGCUUACAUCCAAAGUGAGAGAUUUAACACAGCUAAACCAAGAGUUGAGUGUGGUUAAUGAUCUCAAUCAUCAGUUACAAGACAGUGUCGCUAUUAGCUCGACCAAGAAGAUUUCCUUGGAUGAGCUUGUUAUUGCUGAUCUGCCAAUGAUUGAUACCCUCUACAAGGUUAGUGCUGAGAUAAAUAGCAUCAUCGAUACUAUAAAUCUAAUAUCUGGGAAUUUCCAUAACGAACAAGAGAUUGUUAAUGAGAAAAACUUUGACUCUUGUCUUAAAACAACACGGAAAAUGGGUAGAGAACUUUUCUGGCUUCAUUUUAUAAAAUCUGAAAUACAAAACAAGCUCCCAUAG